GCAUCGGCAGCUCCCAACCUUCCCAGAAAACGGGAGGAUUUCAAACGGGAGGAAAGGCGCACAAGACCAAAGGGGCCGGCUGAGUCACGAAGAGGAAAAACAGGUUGCCCCGAGCAGGAAAGGGGCGGGCCGAGGCGGGGAGAGUUUAAAGCCCCGCCAAACUGGUCUUGGCGGCCGAGAUUUGGGAGCGCUUCGCCAUGGGUGGUUGGCUUCUCCUCCUCAUCGCGGGCAGCCUCUGGGCGAGCUCCUGCGGGGAAAGUAAGAGGCCGACGUGCGGUUAUCCGCCGCAACUUUGGUGCAGUUCCAAAGAGAUCGCCCGAGCCUGCCAGGUGGAGAAGCAUUGCACCAGUUUGAUCUCCAACACCCCGAAAGCCGACCCUGUCUCUGUCAGCCUCUACUAUGAAUCCCUCUGUCCUGGUUGCCGUCAGUUUCUUGUGCUGAUGCUCUUUCCCACUUGGUUGAUGCUAAACGAUAUCAUGAAUGUCACUUUGGUCCCCUACGGGAAUACAGAGGAGAAGAAAGAGGCUACAAAAUGGCACUUUGAAUGCCAGCAUGGCGAAGAGGAAUGCUUGGGGAACACGAUAGAGGCUUGUAUCAGCCACCUGUACCCGCUGUUCGAUUUUGGGCUCAUCUUCUGCAUGGAGUCAAGUGUAGAUGUUACCGCCAGCUUGCCACUGUGCCUGAAAUUGUAUGCUCCUAACGCCUCCCUAGCAGAAAUCAAUGCAUGUGUGAACGGAGACCUAGGUAACAAGCUUAUGCACAGGAAUGCUGAACUCACCAGGGCUCUGAAACCACCUCAUGAGUAUGUGCCAUGGAUUCUCAUCAAUGGGGAGCACUCUGAACAACUUCAAACUCAGGCGCAAGAGUCUCUCUUCAAUUUGGUUUGCAGCUUGUAUAAGGGAGAUCUGCCACCUGCCUGCCAGAGACCAAAGGAACUUUCGUUUCUUCCUUUUUCCCCAAAUCGCACUUCCUUGAGGAAGUCAGCACCCAACUUGUCCGAGGGAGAGGAGACAGUUUAUCAGUCUGCCCAAGGAAAAGCAAAGGAAACCUUUUAGGAUUUUAAUCCUACAUCUAUCAAAUUUCCCUGCUACAAGGUGGAGCUUGGAUCUGGAAUAUAGUGAAGUCAAGGAACUCUUUCAAGGAGGCAGAAGAAGAAAAAUCAGGGCCAGAUGUUUUGGGAAGAAGAGUGGCAUCUUGGUUUUCUUGGUGCUAUAUGAAUAAACCUCUGGAAAGGUAGUUUUUGUCACUCUUCAGCAAGAAUUACCUAUUUUAACCUCAUAAAAGUUGCUGAUUUUACCCUCAUUCCUACUUCCUAUUGAUUGUACCCCUCCCCCAAAUUGAAAUGUUGUCUUUAGAAAAAAAAAAUCAUGUCUUCUUACCAACAUCCAAUCCUGUUGGUGAUCUGAGAUACGGGAAGCUCCAUUGUAACCUGGAGAAGUGGGAGCAACGUCUUCCUAAGGACCAACCUUGACAUCAUCUCUGUUAAUAUUCCCGAAGAGUCUGUUUUGCUAAAUAAAGGUGCAUCAAGACAGCCAA